CAUGCACACGAACGCUCAUACCAAUGACAAACUUAGUUGGUCUCUAAGGUGCUACUGGAAGGAAUUUCUUUAUUUUAUAUUUUGUUUCUUUUUAUGUGGGAUAAUUUUCUUUUUAAAGCUUCCUCCCAUGGUUGCCUUUUAAGCCAAACAUUGGAAAUGGGGUAGAGAGAGGCUUCUUAGCGCUCUCCCCAUAUGCCCUUUUCCUUGCUGUAAAUGCCUCCCAGCUGCUUUUAGAUAAAAUACAGAUAACUGUAGGUAGUCUUUUCUUUCUUUUCCCCCCCUAAAGGGUGUAAACCAUGGGUAUGCAAACUAUGGCCCGGGGGCUGGGGCUGGCCCAAUCGCCUUCUAAAUUGGCCCGUGGUAUGGGAAUCAGCAUGUUUUUACAUGAGUAGAAUGUGUCCUUUUAUUUAAAAUGCAUCUGGGUUAUUUGUGGGGCAUGGGAAUUCGUUCAUUUCCCAUCCCCACCCCCACAAAUAUAGUCUGGCCCCCCACAAGAUCUGAGGGACAGUGGACUGGCCCCCUGCUGAAAAAGUUUGCUGACCCCUGGUGUAAACACACUUUGGGGAGAAGGUGGUACAUAGGUUGCAGGGUGGAGGUGGGGGGAGAAUUGCAUGAGGUGAAAGGGUUGAGAAAAGUGGAAAGUCUGUUCCAUUUUUGUUUUUACUUUCGCCGCCCUCCAAGCAAGAAUGAAACUGCAUGGCCUGCCGUUAAGAGGGCUUGUCUCAAAACGCUCCUCAAUUUGUACUAAUGCUUUUAUUGCCCAUCUAGUGCCAUUAUGAGAGAAUUAUUUGAAGGGCAAUGUUUGUGAAUUAUGCCAGGCGGUGUUGGAAUGCUGUAAUGGGUACCAAUAUGAGUUAAAUAUAGCAUUUGAUUAUUAUGGGUUAGCGCUAAGUCUCCAACCUUUCAGCUUGUUCUUACAAGUUACUCACUGGCCCUGUUCUACUCCAAUAAUGCCUCUUGCUCCUCUGGAUGGAAGAUAAAGAGGGGUGUGUGAGCGUGUAUAGAAACAAAUGUACUGUAUAAAGCUAUGGUUUGCGUUAGUGCUCUGCCCACCUCUGCUUCUGUCCCUGCCCACCGCUGGCACUCAGGCCCCAGAAGGUUGCCCAGAAAGGAAUGUGGCCCUCAAUCUGCUAAAAGGUUUCUGACUCCUGAUCUGGAUGUUCCCCAUGAACCAGACCCUUCCCAUAAUUACCCAGGCAAUCAAGAACUGUAACUGAAAAGGCCCUGGCAUGUGGACUUGUGAUAUAUUUACAGCAGGAGAGAUUUAUGUGUACUCCUUUCUUUGGCUCCAACUCGUUUGAUAAAGGUCUGGAAGGGAGUGGAAGAGGUCGGGCAGAUCUAUUGAUUUGAGGGAUUGGAUAUAUUGGAUGGCGGAGAACCGAUUAGUCUUGCAGGAUGAUGCUUGGAUCGGAAGGGAGUUUGGAAUCACAGAGGCAUUUGCUGGUACAGAAGGAAUACUGACUUACUGGGACAGCAGAGAGCAACUCAGUAAAAAAAAGAAAGCACAAGGAUUUUAUGGACUGCUGCGCAAAAAUCUAUGGAGAGAGACCCACGCCCACACAUUUAAUAAUUAACAGGAAAUCUUAUCUUGCUUCAUAUUCGCUCACGUUCCUGAGUGGAACAGGAAGUAAAGUAUCACUUCUGCACAACCACACAGUUCAUUGAGCAGCAAUGCUUAUUUCAAAGCUGAUACCUGCCCUGACCGAAGAUUUGGCCUCCGUCUAAUACCCUCCAGCAAUUUUGUUGCUCAAAACACUUUCUACGUUCCCUAGUUCUAGUUACAGGUAGGUAGCCGUGUUGGUCUGAUGUAGUCGAAACAAAAUUAAAAAAUUUCUUCCAGUAGCACCUUAAGAGACCAACGAAGUUUGUCGUUGGUAUGAGCUUUCGUGUGCAUGCACACUUCUUCAGAUACACUGAAACGGAAGUCACCAAACCCUUAUAUAUAGUGAGAGGGUGGGGAGGGGUAUUACUCAGAAGGGUGGUGGGAAUGGGUGAUUGGCUGAUAGGUGUGGUAAACCUGUUGAUGACUGUUAACAACGGCAAUUGGUCUUACAGGAAAAAGCAAGGGGUGAGAUGGCUAAAAAUAUAGCUUUAUCAUGUAUAAUGAGAUAAGAAUCCAAUGUCUCUAUUCAGACCAGGUCUCUCCAUGGUUUUAAGUUUGGUAAUAAGUUGCAAUUCAGCAACUUCUCUUUCCAGUCUAUUUCUUAAAUUCUUUUGUAACAAGACAACUACUUUGAGAUCUUGUAUAGAAUGUCCUGGGAGACUGAAGUGUUCUCCUACUGGCUUCUCUGUCUUGUGAUUCCUGAUGUCAGAUUUAUGUCGAUUUAUCCUUUGGCAUAGGGUUUGAUCUGUUUGUCCAGUGCUGAGGGGCACUGUUGGCAUUUGAUGGCAUACACAAUGUUAGAAGAUGAGCAAUUAAAUAGUCCUGAGAUGGUAUGUUUGAUGUUGUUGGGGCCAGUAAUGGUUUUGUCCGAGUGUAUGUGGCAGCAAAGUUGGCAUCUGGGUUUAUUGCAGGCUCUGGUACCAGUGUCCAUGUUAAGUCUGGUGGUGGUAUUAUUGUGGGUGAGGAGUUUAAGAUUGGGUGGUUGCCUGUAGGCAAUGAAAGGUCUUCCUCCCAGAGCUUGAGAAAGAGAACUGUCAUUGUCUAGGAGAGGUUGUAGAUCUCUGGUGAUGCGUUGUACUGUUUUAACUUGGGAGCUGUGUGUGAUUACUAGUGGUGUUCUGUUAUUUUCUUUUUUGGGUCUGUCUUGCAGCAAGUUCUCUCUGGGUAUCAGUCUGGCUCUGCUGACCUGUUGUUUAACUUCAUCGGGCAGAUAUUUUAGUUCUAAGGUUUUCUGUAGAUCUCUUAGGUGAGUCUCUGUCUGUAGAGUUGGAACAGAUGUGGCUGUAACAUAGGGCCUGGCUAUAUACAAUGGGUUGUUUGGUAUGUUUGGGAUGGUAGCUAGAAGCAUGUAGAUAUGUUUGUCGGUCAGUUCCCUAGUGUAAUAAACAAAAUCUGCCCUUAUUUCCCAUAUGGGCUAUACAAGAGCCCUUAUAGGGUCCUUUGUAGGUUCUCCAUCGGUAAGAGAAAAUAAGAGAGGCCAACCAGAGAAUAUUGAGAAGCAAAGCAGCUAGUAAGCCUGAUCUUUAUUGAACUGUUGCAACAGGCUGCUCCCCUCCCAGGCAGGAGAAAGGAGGAGGACCCCAAACAAAGGUGUGCCUUCCCUUAUAUAGACAUUUUGAAAUUCCCUGCCCUGGAGCUCAAGCCCACCCCCUCCAUACAUCAUUCAUCAUACAUCACAGAAGGGGUGUAGCUCAAGACCACCCCCCAGAUACAUCAUACCUACAUCACAGAAAAGGCGGUCUACAACAUAAAUCUGAAUCAAAAUUUUAAAAAUCCUUCCAGUAGUUGGGUCUCUAAGGUGCUACUGGAAGGAUUUUUUUAUUUUGUUUUGACUGUAUCAGACCAACACGGCUACCUACCUGUAAUAAAUUUGAAUGUUGUUGUUUUUCCAGUCUGCCACUUAUUUCCUGAGACAAUGGGAAGGUUCCCUCACCCCCUCCCUCCUUGCAGAGAAACAUUUGGUGAAACCUACAUAAGAUCUGGACUCCGGACUUUUGUUCCAGCCCAGGAAACAUGAAACUUCAGAAACUGGUCUUAUCUGUCCUUGCACUUACCUUUAGCACCAUUUCUUUAUUUAUCGGGGUUCUGAUCGGGAAAGGCCCAAACCACUACCUUCCGUAUUAUCUUCCAUGCCCAGAUCUCUUUGCUUUGAAACUACAGUACAGAGAGGAGAAUUCGCACCAGCUUUUCCCACAAUUCUUUUAUCCACAGCCAGAGUCUGUGCAACAGACGCGCUCUGAUGUGCUCACAGUGACUCCGUGGCUGGCCCCCAUUGUCUGGGAGGGGACAUUCAGCCCCGAAAUCUUGGACAGCAUCUAUAAGCCUUUGAACCUUACCAUUGGACUAACUGCCUUCGUUGUUGGAAAGUACAUACGAUUUGCAAGCCGUUUUUUGGAGUCAGCUGAACAGUACUUCAUGGUGGGAUACAAUGUGAACUAUUACAUCUUCACAGACAACCCCAAAGACCUCUCCGUUGUCCACCUGCAGCCUGGGAGAACCCUCCACCUCAUCCCUAUAAAGAAACAUGCCCACUGGCAAGAAAUCUCCAUGCGCAGGAUGGAGAUCAUAAGCCGUCACAUCUCAGAUACAGCCCACCGAGAGGUGGACUAUCUCUUCUGCCUGGACAUUGAUAUGUUGUUUCAGAACCCGUGGGGCCCAGAGACCUUGGGGGAGAUGGUGGCCGUGAUCCACCCAGGUUACUACAAGGUCUCUCGGAGAGCAUUCCCAUAUGAGAGGAGAACUGCUUCCAUGGCCUACAUCUCUCAGGAAGAAGGAGACUUCUACUAUGGAGGGGCGGCCUUUGGAGGCCUGGUCAAGAAUGUCUACGAGUUCACCAGGGCUUGCCACAUGGCCAUAUUGGCAGACAAGGCCAACGGCAUCGUGGCAGCUUGGCAGGAGGAGAGCCAUCUGAACAGGCACUUCCUUUCCCGGAAGCCUUCAAAGCUCCUCUCUCCGGAGUACCUUUGGGAUGACACAAAGUCAAAACCACCUGAGCUGAGACUCAUACGGGUCUCGUCCGUGAGCAAGAAUUAUAGGGAGGUCAGGGACUGACCCUGGUUGGGUCCAUCCUGGCCUCACUGAGUAUUUCUGGGCAGAGGUCUCCUGGGGAUCAAAUUAUUUGGACCUGCAGAUCCAUUGCAGGGUUGGCAAAAUCAGACAGGUCCUCCAACCCCUGCCGAGAGUGCAGGCAGUAGGCUCAGAUCUCACCCAGCCCACAGAACUUAUAAAGUAGCUUUAGAUCAAGCCACUGUUGUUUUGCUGUCAUCACCCACUUGCAAAAUAGGGAUGGUAAUACUUUCCUACCUCAUUUUAGGUUUCUAUUCCUCUCACUGUCAGGUCACAUGCCUGUGUUAUGCAUUCCAGCAAAGAUUGUUGGAAUCACAGGAGCGGAUGUUUGCUGUAUUCUGUUUCCAUUUGUUUUUUCCUUCUUCCGACUUCUCUCAGCCAGAGGAGACAUGUUUUCUUGUGUUCUGCCUUACGCUUAAUAAAGCAGCUUUUAGUACACAACCUCAGCCUGGCUCCGUCUGCGUUUUAUCUCUGCUGGACUCUGAAUAUGUGCUCAGUGUCCCCAAGACAUGGGUCGUAAUAAAUUGUUGGGAAGGGCUGUCGGAACUCCUUAGAGCUGCACGCUGAACGCUGAUGGGAGAGACGGGCUGGAUUCGUUCCUGCAUUAUGCCUGUGGAUCGUUCCUGCCCCCGGCUGACCCGACACCUCAGAGGGCAGAUCUUCUAGGUGAAGGGGCUUAAGAUAUGGAUACGCUUGUACCCCUUCCAAUCUGCGCCCCAUCCCAAGGGACGAAGGUAGGGUGAGCAAGGACUACUCCCCUCCAUCACUGGUGUUGUGCAAUGCCAGUUCUAUAGGCAACAAAACCGCCACCCUGUGAGUUUUCUUUACCUCAAAGGGGAUUGACCUGGCUUGUGUGACAGAGACCUGGGUGUGCGAAGGGGAAACAGUUACCUCACGAGAGAUGGCGGCCCCCGGGUUUCUCCGUCC